CCGACAAAGAAUAUUUCGCCAUUGCUCUGACGAAGGGCUUAUGCUCGAAACGUCAGCUUUUAAACUCUUUUCGGUGGCCAAUCUAUGAUAUCAACUCAGUUGAUAACACUUAUUUACCUUGUUAUAUUCUCCCACCGACGCAGCACCACAGUUCCUCUUAAAACUUACCCCUUUAUGUUUCGAACCGCUUACAAAUCCGUUUCCAAAUACAACGCGAAGAUAUUCGCUUCAAGGAAGGAAAGGAAGAGUAUCUCGACGAAAAAAAUGAAUAAUUGAUUUGAUUGAUUAGAGGGAAUAAUGAAGCGAAGUCCCCCAACAAACAGCACAGCAGAUAGCUUGGAUUAGCGUGUGAUUGUAACCAAAAAAAUGGCCGUGGAGUUUAUCACUCCUUUCUCUGUGUUUCUUUUCUUUCUCUCUUCUUGUCAAGCCAAGCCGGAGAACUUCAGUGAGGCUCAAUGCAAGGUCUUAACGGUUGGAGAAGGGACUGCGUCCGAAUUCCGCGUUAAGGCUUCCGAGAAGGGUGUCAGAUUAGUCUACUUGAAUUUGGAGUUCCGUAACGACAGCUACCGUCCAUUAGAGUCAGAGUUUCUCCCAUAUAGAUGGGUCUGGGCGAGUUUGAUCAGCGAGCCAAUGUUGUCUAUGUCUUACGACUACGACAUUUUGUCUUUGGGCCUCCUUAAAUACCAAACAAGAAGUAUGGAUGUGCUGUUGGAAGAUCAACCAAGCGGAUGCCUUGCGAACUUAAACUCAUCAUGUCAAAACAAGGUAGUUGGAAGAGCGCUUCUGAAUAUGACACAGUUAAACUCAGGUGAACCUCCAGAUAGGAAUGUUGUUUGUGUUGCAAUCAUUGAAGAUUAUGUUAAAGACUUUUUAUGGGGCUUUUUUGAUGGAAAUGUCAAAUUCCGGUGCUGUAAUAUUAGCAAACAAGAAACCGAGGAGUCUGCUUACAUUCAAUGUGAGCUGGAGGUUCAAGUUAGCGAUUGGUUCAAAGCUUUUAAUGGUACCCUCAACCUUUUGACUGUGCUAAUGAUGCUUUAUUGUCCAGCGUUUCUCCUUUUUCUUCCGGAUUCCAUUUUCAAUCUUCAAGAGGAGUGUAAAAAAGAAGAGCGACGCGAAAACGAGCAACAAUCAGAAGACAGCCAUCAUCGACAGAGCAAUCAAAAAAGAAGCAGGUACGGAUCAACCGAUGAAGCUUCAGCAAAUAUUACUGCAGAGAAUGGGGAUUCAGUUCCUCUUGUAACUUUAGCUAUUCUGACCCAGAGUCAGCAAGCUAAUUCCCAAAUAGGCGAAGAUACAUCAAACAAACAUGUGCAAAGUUUACUUUAUUUAGACGAACCAAAUCCAAUAACCUUCUCCUAUUUUCUCAGAACCUAUACUAAAGAACGUACAGAAUUAUUUUCAUUUCAUUCCAAAUUUGCAUUUCUCUGGUACUGUGUUAUUCCAAUUUUUGUGUACCUAAGAUUAGGAUUAAACUACAUUGUAGAAAGUAAAUUUAUGGAGGCAGUGCAUAAAAACCCAAAGGCAUAUCUGGUAGGACCAUUGUUUUCAUAUCGUUUCUGUGUUCAAGAUUUACUCAGAACGCCAAUGGCUCUCGCUCCUUUGAUUUUGAUUUUAUUUUCAAGUCCUAAGGAUUUCCUAAUUACUGUCACAGAGGACAUUAGACAAGUCAAAUGCCCUGUUUGCAGAGAAAAUACGGUUUCAGUAGGAGAGGAUAUGCUCCGACACUUAAGAAAAUUAGCAGUAGACAGUUACAAGUUAGCUUCGUGUUUAAUUAACUUUCACCAAAAAGCACUAGCAAAAUCUAUAAAGUUCUUUACACAUUACGCUAUUGAGAAAAUGGUUCCGCCAUGGAAACGAGCUAAAACUCCUUUCAUUGUUUUGUGGGUGUUAUUCUGGGAUGUUGUCUUAGUCAUAGUUGUUGGUGUCAUUUUAGGAGGAGUAUGCUUUUGUGUAUUGUUAAUAGGGUUAGUCUUUCUCAUUUGCUGCUAUUCACCUUGGUUUAGUCUCAUGCUUGUCUGUUUAAGGAAACUUAGGCAAAUGUUAAAAAAAUGGAGCCUUGAAGUAUUCAACCAAUACCGUCAUUAUCUCACACCGAUGUUCAUCGGUGUUCAAGUUGGUUUUCAGCUACUCCUAAUGGCAAUAUUAACAAACGGCUGUUUGGUAGGGAGCCUUUCUUGUCGAUGUAUCACUCGCAUGUUUGGCUUAGUUAUUUUAGGUCUAGUGUUAAAUGCGUCAAUUGCGGGCCCAUUCCUAGCACUCUCUAUCGCUGCUUUAACAAACAUUUAUCUAUGCUACUAUAAUCUGCAAAUGUACUACCGAGAUGUGAAAGAAAUGAUUUCGGAGAAGUGGCAGACUCUUGAUGGAAAACGCGAGCACGGUGCAAUUCCAGAAGAUCUAUUUUGGCGCAUCUGCAGUGAAGCGUCAAAUUCAAAUAGGGCAGUUCCAACAGUUAGGGGUGAAGUAAAUCGCAUGCUUAGCAAUAUGGCUAUCAUUUUGAUAUUUCUAUUUUUGGUUUUCUGCUCUGUAUUUCUGGUGACUGAUGCGAGCAGUAUGUCAGCAGUGCCAUCAACGAUUGCUGUGUUUUUAAGCGGAGCUAUUCCUAGCUUACUUUUCAAGGGAUUGACACACGGAAAGCGAUUUACGGGUGAGACAAGGGUGAGAAUGAUUAGAGAAAUCGAGGAGGCGGUUAUAAAGUACAAGGAAAAUAUUGCGGUCACCGUAGAGUUGUAUAAUCUGUUGCAAAAGGACACUUUAUCGAAUGAACUGACUUUGGACUAGUACAAUGAAGGGUUAUGAUAUUCGGAAAGUGCCGCGAUCGUCGUGCGUCCCUUUCUCAUCCUUUGCUUGGUUUCGUGAGGAAGGGCGCAUCAGCUUUCCCAGCUUCUACUAUUUUUCAUAUUCAUUCCUUAGUUCUUCUAAGUACUCUAAAAGGACAUUCUCAUUUUAUAAGACAUGAACUAGAAGUAAGAUUAGAUAACUUAUUGAU